CCGGCCCGCGCGCUUGGAGCGACGCGCGGCCGCCAGCUCCGCGCGUGUUCGGCCAUGAGCGAGCCGCCCGCAGACGUGCGCGCCUUCCUGCGGGAGCACCCGAGCCUGCGGCUACAGCCCGCCGGCGGCAAGGUGAGGUGCGCUCUGACGGGCCACGAGCUGCCCUGCCGCCUGCCCGAGCUCCAGGCCUACACCCGCGGCAAGAAGUACCGGCGGCUGGCGCGCGCCGCCCCGGCCUUCGACUACGCCGCGUUCGAGCCGCACGUCGUGCCCAGCACCAAGAGCCCGCACCAGCUGUUCUGCAAACUCACCCUGAGGCACAUCAACAAGUCCCCGGAGCACGUGCUGAGACACACCCAGGGCCGGCGGUACCAGAGAGCUCUGCAGAAGUAUGAGGAGUGUCAGAAGCAGGGUGUGGAGUUCGUGCCCGCCUGCCUCUUGCACAAGAGGAGGAGGAGGGAAGACCAGCAGGAUGGUGAAAGGCCACCCCGCCCUAGAGAAGCCUUCUGGGAACCUGCGUCCAGCGAUGACGGCACUGCCCCAGGUGACAGUGAUGACAGCAUGACAGACCUGUACCCACCCGAGCUGUUCACCAAAAAGGACCUGGGAGGGACCGGGCACGCAGACAGCAGUGAUGAAUUUCUGACAGAGGAUGAGGACGAGACACCAAGGGGCCGCAGAGAGAUGGGCCCUGGAGACAGCGAGGCCCUGGGAGUGGGCCGGGAGCAGGUCCUCAAGCGCAGGAAGAAGCAGUCUGGCUCGUUGAAAAAGAAGUUCAAAAGUCAUCACCGCAAACCUAAGAGCUUCUGCUCUUUUAAACAGUCGGGUUAAUGAAGAGUUGCUGGAGAAGACACAUCUUAAGAGCCUUUCGAGAAUCCUCCCCGCACCCAGGCCACAUUCCUCUUCAGGGCGGCUGCCGCGCAUCCCGCAUGGGAUGGGAUGUCCAUCCACUCCCCGUCUGCUGCCCCAGGAGGCAGGGCUGGGGGUCUGGCCCGCAGACAUCAGGGUCUCACCCCCAUACCCAGGAAGUAGCAGGGACCCCGAGGGAAGAAUUCUGUCAGGACGUGGUCUUCAGCAAAGCCCGGAUGGGCCACCAGAGGAGAGCCCUGGUCAGGCCCCACCUGGCUGGAUGACACCACAGGAUCACACUGUAUACAACAAAUGCCAUUAUUUAUUUUGAUGUGUCUCCAAAAAUCAAAAUGUUUUCAAACACAACUAAGAUAUAAAAUACAGCUUAAAAUGAGAUUCAUACCUAUUUCCCACAUAAAGCAAAAAAAAUUUUAAGUUGUUUUGCCAAAACCAAUUGGUAGAUGCCAGUUUCCUCUCCUCUCCGAGCAGGUGCAGACCCCUGGCCCACGCAGGGCCGAGGGGGCGAGGCUGGUGGCCACCUGGCCACGCUCAGUUUUCACAAACCAGAAAGGUCUUCCAAGCGGGGGGCUGAGGAGGACGUGUACUCUGCCCAAAACUCCCAGAGCACCUGCGGCCUGGCCGCGCGUGCCACGCAUCAGGGCCGUCGUGCUGGGCCAGAGGGGAGGGCGUGCGGGUCAGGGGACCACCCUGCCCAGUGAGACGGGGAGUCACAAGCCCCCUCGUGUGGGAGCGUCCCAGUGACUGAAGUAGAAAAGCCCUCUGAACUCACACAUACUCGGGGGGCAGGGACGUGGACGCUGGGGGAGGGGCAGGAGCAUCUUGGGGUGAGCCUCUGCGGCGGCGGGGACACGGGUGGGUGCUGGGAAGGCUCCAAGAGCACUAGUGGGCGAGAGCCGGCCGCCCCCCUGCCCUGCGAAGCGGACAGGGUUGCUCCCCACUUCCCUCUGGCUCUGGCCUGCAAGGUGGACGUGGAUCUGGGGUCAGGACUGGCCCCAGCCGCUCUGGAGGAGGCCCUCAGCCUGGCACCCCCAGCUGAUCGAACCGGUGACGGAUGGGCUCCCAGGCGAGCUUGUGAGGAGCCUCACGAGGCGGGGCCUCCUCCGAGUCUGGCCAGCCUGGCCACGGCGGUCUGACUCCGCCUCCCCACGGGAGGCACAGAGGCCUCGCUACAAGGCGGACGAGUGGAGGACAGCGAGAAGCACCCGCACCCCCCAAGAAGAGAAACGCAGUGUAAGGCAAUGUUAGAAAACUUUAAAUACAGGAUUAAGAUCCAAUCAGUAAGGCAUCACAAAUCGUAAAGAGUAAUUUGGGCCGCAUUCAGCAUAGCAAACCGACAGUCUGAGCGCGCGACAGCCUCGGGAGGGGAGUGGUGGCCGCGAGGCCUGGAGACCCCCACAGGGGAGGUGAGUGGGCGGC